GAGCUAAAGCAGCUCAUGGAGCUUUGGAGCACCCCAAGAAAAAAUGUAGAAGAUUUCACUGGACCUAGAGAAAGAAGUGAUCUGGGAUUCAUCACAUUUGACAUUACUGCAGAUCUGCAGAGUAUAUUUGACUGGAAUGUUAAACAAUUGUUUCUGUAUUUGUCUGCGGAAUAUUCAACAAAAAACAAUGCUCUAAACCAGGUGGUCCUUUGGGACAAGAUAAUGUUGAGAGGAGAUAACCCAAGGCUGUUCUUGAAAGACAUGAAGUCAAAGUACUUUUUCUUCGAUGAUGGAAAUGGUCUCAAGGGAAACAGGAAUGUCACUUUGACUCUCUCCUGGAAUGUUGUACCAAAUGCUGGCAUUCUACCUCUUGUAACAGGAUCAGGACAUGUGUCUGUACCUUUCCCAGAUACCUAUGAAACAACGAAAAGUUAUUAAAUUAUAAUACUUAAUCCUAAGCAAGAUAUUUUUAUACUUGUAUAUUGUGAAUAAAUUUUAUGGCGGUUUCUUCUCACAUCCCAUGCAACCCUUCAGUGAAAGGUACUUAAUUUCCUCAGGUCUAAGAGCAUAGAAAAAGGAAAUGAAAGUUCAGGUGUGUUUGGUUUUGUUUAAUUAAAACACUGAAGGUGAAACUUAAGGGAAAGGUAAAUUGCACAGCAAUGUUUGGAGGGGGAGGAACGGGGCGGGGGGGUGGAACUGGGGAUUUCUGUUUUUUUUUUCUCCUGGCCAUCUGGGUAUAGAUCUACUUUUCUUUUAAAUAAACGUUUUUAAACCAGAA